AUGCAUUUCACGCUCGCUUCGGCCGCCCUGGUGGCAUCAGCCGGCCUGUCCCUUGCUGCACCUGCAGAGCUCGUUGGACGCAGCACUUUCCAGGUCGCCCAAGUACCGAAAGGUAUGGUUCGCAAGAAUGGCCCGAUCCAGAUGCACAAGACCUACGAUAAGUACGCGCAUGUCGGUGCGGUUGCUCCAGCUGCCGUUAAGGCUGCCGCUGCUGCUCAACAAGGCAGCGUAGCUGCCAACCCUGAGCAGUUCGAUCAGUCCUACCUCUGCCCAGUCACCGUUGGUGCGAAGACUUUGAACCUCGACUUUGAUACUGGCUCCGCCGAUCUCUGGGUUUUCUCAUCUCUAAUGCCAAAGACCGAGCAAAGUGGCCACUCAAUCUACACCCCAAGCUCGUCUGGCAAGAAGUUGAACGGCUACACCUGGAACAGUGACGGCUCUGGCGCCUCUGGAUCUGUCUACGCCGCCAAGGUUGUUGUCGGCGGUGUCACCGCGACCUCCCAAGCCGUCGAGGCCGCCACCUCCGUCUCCGCACAAUUCACCCGGGACUCGGACAACGAUGGCCUUCUCGGUCUGGCCUUCAGCACAAUCAACACUGUUCAGCCACGUCAGCAGACUACCUUCUUCGACACCGUCAAGAGCACCCUCUCCAAGAAGCUCUUCACCUGCGACCUGAAAGCAGGCGCGGCUGGGACCUACGACUUCGGAUACAUUGACAGCUCAAAGUACACCGGGAGCAUUUCAUACGUGCCCGUCAGCACCAGCAACGGCUUCUGGGAGUUCACCGCAGGCGGCUACUCCGUUGGUUCCAGCAACAGGACUUCCGGCAGCAGCAUUGGCAGCGCCAUCGCUGACACUGGCACUACACUCCUCUACCUCCCAGACAGCGUCACCGACGCUUACUACAACAAUGUCGACGGCGCCCAGUACGAUGAGCAGCAAGGCGGUUACACCAUGCCAUGCGAUACCCAGGCACCAAACUUCAACGUUGCUAUCGGUGGCAAGACUUUUGCGGUCCCAGGCCAGUACAUCAACUACGCUCCCAUUGACCCGUCGGGUGAGACUUGCUUUGGUGGUAUUCAGUCGAACAGCGGUAUUGGCUUCACUAUCUUUGGCGAUAUUUUCCUCAAGGCUGUCUUUGUCGUCUUUGACCGGACUCGGAGCAGCCCACGGCUGGGUUUUGCUGCGCAGUAA